AUGGGUGCAUUUGACGACAAACAAACACUCUUAAGCUCUCUAAACCGAAUUGGGCUUGUGAUAACAGCAAUUGUGUUUGCGUUUUUAGCGAUUGCUUUGACCGUUAUCUCAACUGCAUUUACUUCAACACUGACAACCACCAGCACAAAUUAUUGGCAAUGUCUGAACCAAACCUCUUUUAACCGUUCUGUAUGCACACAAGGGGUCGAUCCAUUCCCAUCGGGGCCUGAACAAGCGUUCAUUCCUUCUAAAGUAGUUAUAGGAAGACUCGCUCGACUGAAUUAUAAAAUGUUUAUAUCAUUAAGUGCAUCGAUUCCUACCCCUUUAACUGAAGCAAAACAUUUUACUGUUCCAAUCCAUUACGCUUUACUUGGCUUCGAAACUAUUGGUGCUGCUAACACCACAGAAAUUCCGGAAUUGACUUCUUCCGUCAACGUGAAGUUUGACUGCGACAAAGGCGCGUGCACAACGGACUUACAACUUCCACAAACUAUUGAGUACAAUUUCUACACUUUCACAAUCCUCCCAGAAAGCUUCCCAAAAGGUCUUAUCAUCGACCCAACACUCAUCGUGCAAACUUCAAACAAAAUCUUCACCUUGUGCGAACUCUUUUGGAGAACAAGUUUCAUCGUCAUCGGCUCGAUUCAACUCUGUGUGUUCUUGAUAUGUAUGAGAAAGGAAAGAUACCAAGAUUGGCUCUUUGAGCAGACGUGUACUGGCUUCCUCUUAUAUUUCUUAAUACUCUUUAACAACCCGAUGGUGUAUUUGGAAUACCAAUUCAGAAAUUGGUUCUUCUCCUUGAUCUCCUCGGUGAUGGAAAGUUUUGCGAUUGGCUAUUUGCUCUUCUACUUUUUAGUCGUGUUCGACUCGUUGCGGAAAAACAUGAAGGCGAUGAAUAUGAAAUCGCUCUGGUUAGGAUUUUUGGUGCCACGCAUCGUCUUUUGUUCAAUUGUUGCGGUUGCGGUGGGGUGCUUUGUGUUCACCCAAAAGGUGUACGACAUCAAGAAUUUGAUUGCCGGGACUAAAAAUGGCGUUUUAAUCACUCUUGGCGUUCUAGUCAUCUUGAUUGUGAUGACAUACACCUUCUGGCUCUUCUUCUCAUUCAUCCGAACGUUCACUGAGAGAAAGAAAUUGGGAGAAAAAGGACGGAGAGUUAUUGGAUUUGGGAUCUUCACUCUUAUUAUAGUGUUUGUGUUCACUAUUGUGUUGACCGUAUUACUGUUUGGUGGUUAUGACUCUUCUGUGUUCUACUUGGCUUCUAUUGUCUACUACAACUUGUACUGCUUUGCAAUGGGAUUCUUGAUGAUCUCAUACAACAAAGGUGUCGAGCAGAAGAAAGUCAAACAAUUCGUCAUCGACAACCCUUCAGAAAUUGCAAUGACUGUGCAGGACUACGGUGAUGACGAUGAAAUUAUUAUUAAUGAACAAGUCAAUGAAGGAGUGCUGAACGAUGAGCAAAUUUCACUUUGA